UCGGUGGUGGCAUUGUACACACAAUCAGUGGAAGGAGAAAGAGCGAAUGGCCGAUUAGGUUUAAAGAGAACACAGCCUCGAAACGUAACAAAAAAAAAACAUGUAUGUUGCAAAUAAAAAUCGUUAAUAACAUUACGCUCGAAUAAUAUACGUGAGCGCGAUACUGAAGUAGUGUGUCAUUGCUCACGGUUUGCGGUGGUCAUCAUCGCUGUUUGCGGGGUUGCGCGAUGAUGAAGCCUCGCGCUGUCCGAAGUCGUAUCCGUCACCAGGAACUGAAUCCGGUGUUCCACUGGCAGCACAAGGAGGAGGAUGACAAGGUGUUGAGCGGUGCCAAAAUCAAGCAGGCCCUCAAAACAGGCAUUCUCAACCUGUCGGGAAAGGGUUUGGCCACGGUGCCGGAAAAAGUGUGGAAUCUGAGCGACUCGGAUGAUUGUGAUAAGGAAGUUCGGUACGACCUGGAUCGUACCAACGAGGAGGAGGAAAGUUGGUGGAAUCAGAAAACACUUACCAAUCUGGAUCUGAGCUCGAAUGCUCUCAGCUGCAUCAGCGAAAAUUUGAAAAAUCUGGCCGACUUGACCGUGUUGAAUUUACAAGAUAACGCCCUAACCACUCUGCCGGAGGGAAUAGGUUGCCUUACCAAACUAACCAAGCUUAGUCUGAGCCGUAACAAGCUAACGGAUCUUCCGGAAAGUUUCUACAACCUGAAGGAACUGAAGAACCUUAACCUGUCGCAUAACGACUUUGCCGAAAUUCAUAGCAACAUGAGCGAUCUGAUCAUGCUGGAAGUGCUGGAUAUUUCCUUUAACAGCCUUAACUCGCUCCCGGGUGGAAUCGGGUUCCUGGUGCGCCUCCAGCAGCUAACACUAAAUAACAACCGACUGGUUGAACUACCAAACGAUAUUGUCAAUUUGAGAAACCUCCACAAGAUGGACCUCGCAAAGAACGACCUAAAGCUACUGCCUCCGGUAAUGGGCGAGCUGCGCAAGUUGGAAUGCCUUUACGUGCAGCACAACGACGUCGAGGAGCUUCCAGAUUUCACCGGCUGUGAGGCUUUGAAGGAACUGCACAUCUCGAACAAUUUCAUUAAAUCGAUCCCGGCCGAUUUCUGCGAAAAUUUGCCCCAGCUACGGAUUCUGGAUCUGCGCGACAACAAGAUCGAGAAGCUACCGGACGAGAUCAACAUGCUGGCCAGUUUGACGCGACUGGAUCUGUCGAACAACUCGAUCAACAGUUUGCCCUCUUGUUUGUCCACUCUGGCUCAUCUGGUUAGUCUGCAGGUGGACGGGAAUCCGAUACGUUCGAUUCGCAGGGAUAUUAUUCAGUGUGGAACGCAGCGCAUUUUGAAGACGCUCAAGGAGCGCGAUGGUCCCGGGAAAGGGGUGGACAAAGUGAGGGGCCCUUUCGAGGAGAGUACUUUUCCGGAUGUGUACCAAAUGAAGAAGGGGAGGUCCAUGAUUAUAAGCAACAAAAGCUUAAUCGAUAUUCCAGAGCAAGUUUUCUUGGAUGCGAGAGAGGCAUCCGUUUAUAAUGUUGAUAUCAGUAAGAAUAAGUUAACGGAAGUUCCUGCAGGAUUGGUACACAUUGCGAACCUUAUGACGGAACUGAACGUCAGCUUUAACCUUCUCAAAACUAUUCCGAUGUUUUUCUCUCAAUUCGAUAGGAUUAGCUAUUUAAACCUUUCCAAUAACUGUCUCGAGGAAUUGUCCGAAGUGGUUGGCUUACUGGUUACCUUACGCGAGCUGAACAUAGCCAACAAUCAGCUGAAACAGAUCUCACCAUGCAUUUACGAGUUGAAAGGUUUGGAGAUACUUCUCGCCCGCGGGAACAAAGUCGAAGAGAUUGAUGCUACGGAAUGCGGAUUCGGGGCACUUCCUCGCUUGUCUACAUUGGAUUUGGCCAACAACAACAUCAAACAGGUUCCUCCCAUCCUGGGAUUGCUCAAGAACAUCACGACACUAGAGCUGAUUGGAAAUAGUUUCCGCCAGCCGCGCCAUCAGAUUCUCGAGAGGGGAACCGAGUCUAUCAUGUCCUACCUGAGAGAUCGAAUACCCAAUUAAAGAGUACAACUCUGAUACUCCUAUAUCGCACGAGAGAUUACUACACUUUAUGCUCCAGUCAACCAAAAAAAAAAGAGAACAAAACCAAAGCAGAAAUAUGUUACUAAAUAUAGUUUAUUGAUAAAAGCACA